AUGGGUAGAAAUUAUGCUUCCAAUACCGAUGGCGAUGACAUGGUUGGGAAAGUUAUAGCAUGCAAAGCUGCUGUGGCGUAUGGUCCGGAGCAGCCCCUUGUGAUGGAAGAGAUUUUGGUUGAUCCUCCUCAGAAAAUGGAAGUCCGAAUCAAGAUACUCUUCACUUCAAUUUGCCACACCGAUCUUAGCGCUUGGCAAGGCGAGAACGAAGCUCAGCGGAUGUACCCACGAAUUCUAGGCCAUGAAGCCUCGGGAUUAGUGGAAAGCGUGGGAGAAGGCGUCACGGACUUGGAAAUUGGGGAUCACGUUGUUCCAAUAUUCAACGGAGAAUGCCAGGAUUGCGCUUACUGCAAAUCUGAGAAAACUAAUCUGUGCGAGAAGUUCCGGGUGAAUCCGUUCAAGGGUGUGAUGGCAAACGAUGGAAAAACAAGGUUUACCACAAAAUCAGAUGGGAAACCCAUAUAUCAUUUUCUCAACACAUCCACUUUCAGCGAGUACACAGUGCUUGAUUCAGCCUGUGUUGUCAAGAUUGACAAGAAAGCUCCACUUAAGAAAAUGUCACUGCUUAGCUGUGGCGUUUCUACAGGUCUUGGAGCCGUAUGGAAUACUGCAAACGUGCAGGCUGGUGCAACUGUGGCUGUUUUUGGCUUAGGAGCUGUGGGACUUGCUGUUGUGGAAGGGGCAAGAACCAGAGGAGUUUCAAGAAUUAUAGGAGUGGACAUCAACCCGGACAAACGUUUCAAAGGUGAGGCAAUUGGAAUCACAGACUUCAUAAAUCCCAAGGACAUGGAAAAACCAGUUCACCAGAAAAUUAGGGAAUUGACUAAUGGAGGUGUGCACUAUAGCUUUGAGUGUGCUGGAAAUUUGGAUGUACUCCGGGAGGCCUUUUUAUCCACCCAUGAUGGUUGGGGAUUGACAGUAGUUUUGGGGAUUCACCCAACACCGAGGAUGCUUCCUCUGCAUCCAAUGGAGUUGUUCGACGGCAGAAGAAUCGUAGGAUCUGUAUUUGGAGACUUCAAAGGGAAGUCCCAAUUGCCACACUUUGCGAACCAAUGCAUGAAUGGGGAGGUGAAGUUGGAUGAAUUUAUCACUCAUGAGAUGCCAUUUGCCAAUAUAAACCAAGCUCUACAGCUACUUAUAGAUGGCAAAUCUUUGAGAUGUCUUCUUCACCUUUGA